AUCUCAUCUCAUAAACCCUAGCAGCCUUCUCCGCUCACCCUCCCCGUCCAUUUGAUCUCGACACAAGCACCAAAUCAAGCAUGAGCACCAGCGAGGCUGCCACCGUCCUCCCCGUUUACGACGUCGCCCCCGGCCAGGGCGAGCCCUCCAAGGCUCCAGGGGCGGCGGCCCCCUCCGCACCUCCGGCCGCCCCGGCUGCGGCCACCAAGACAACGGCGCGCAGUUUUCCCAUGCGGUUGUUCCACCGGAGCGACCGCGGCAGCCGUUGCAUGGCAUUCCUGGACUUCCUGCUGAGGAUCGCGGCGUUCGGGCCCCUGCUCGCGGCGGCCAUCGCCACGGGCACGUCCGACGAGACGCUCUCCGUCUUCACCGAGUUCUACCAGUUCCGCGCCCGAUUCGACGACUUUCCGGCCUUCCUGUUUCUCCUGGUGGCGAGCGCGGUGGCAGCGGGAUACCUGGUGCUGUCCCUCCCGUUCUCCGCCGUCAUCGUACUGCGUCCUCAGACCACCAUACUGAGGUUUCUCUUGCUCGUCAGCGACACGAUCGUGCUCGCGCUGCUGACGGCUGCGGCGGCGGCGGCGACCGCGAUCGUGGCCCUGGCGCACAACGGGAACGAGCGCGCCAACUGGGUGCCCAUCUGCAUGCAGUUCCACGGCUUCUGCCAGCGCACCAGCGGCGCCGUCGUCGCCUCCUUCCUCUCCGUCUUCAUCUUCGUGCUCCUCGUCGUCCUCGCCGCCUUCGCCAUCAGGAAACGCUGAAAUCAGCCUUGCUCCGUCCGGUCGUCCAGCUGCUGCAACUGCAACCCAGUCUUUGUUCAGUUAUAAUCGCGCCUACAUAUGUUUUCUUUGUUUCUGUACGCUUUGCACGCAUGCUCAGCAGUUUCCCUUUCUGAUGUUUCAUAGUAUAAUUACGUGUAAUUGUGAGCAUAUUGGCGACUAAGUGCCAAGUGGCAGUGGAGUGUUAA